AUGACGCGGCCACCUGGGAUCGCGCCCCGCGAGCUGCUGCCACUUAGCGGCUUCGCGGCGGCGCGAACUGACGGCGGCCCCGCUGGGCUGUCGAGGUCGGCGCGCUCACGAGUACGCCGCCGCGCGCGCGUGACGAACUGGGUCGCCGACGCGGCCGAGAGCCUGAAUGCCUUGCGUGGUCAUGGCGGCGCCCGAGAACAUUUUUCAGUUUCAGCUGGGCAGCAACGCAGCCUGGAAUUCAUGCAGUCCAUCAUCGAGCAGGCGGGCCCACCUCCCUGCUCACCCGCGGCAGCCCACCAGGAGCUGUGCGGCCACCAGCCGGGCUACGUGACCGAGCCCGAGCAACCAGCCCAGCACCAGAGGGAGAUCCUCUCCCUGCCGGGGCUGGGCGCGCGCUGUGAUCCCAGCGACGUCCUGCGCGGCCUCGACCACGAUCAGUGGGCACAUUGGGAGAGACAUUUGUUGCGCCGAACGCCUGCACCUGACAAUGAGAUCAGGCUUCACAAUGAUCGCAAUAUCAUGGCGGAUAGGCGGCGCUGUGCGCAGUUCAUCCUGGACCUGUACACCUCCGGCCUCGUCAGAGUCGGGGCCAAGCGCAGUGCCACGGUGGGCGUGUUUUGUGCGUGGAAGAGCGGGCGAGAACGGCUUCGGCUCAUCUUCGACACGCGACGAGCCGACGUGGGCAACGACUUCUACAGGGUGAAGUUGCCCGACAAGAUGGACGAGCAUUUUUCGUUGCCGAGCGUGCACGUGAGUUCGCUCCGACAGCUCGCCGAGGCGGCUGGGGUGGAUAUCGACCUGCCCGACGCUCGUUUCGGUUCGCCUCUCUUGCAAGCGUUGCCAAUGGGGUGGUCGUGGAGCCUUUACUUUUGCCAGAGGCUGCUGGAGACCACCGUGCUGAGGUCGGGGAUCGACACUGGGCCGCUCAUCAUGGACCGCCACGCUCCCCUGCAGGUCCGCACCUCUUCGACCCAGCCUGGCGGGCACGUCGACAACGUAUGCAUCGUCGGCGGCGACGGCGACCGCUGCGUGGCCGACUGCACCGAGUUUGUCAGCGAGCUGGAGCGGACCUUCACUGGCAUCACCUUCGAGAGGCGCAGCGGGCGCGUGGGCAUCAGCCCGGGUCGGAUGUGGAAGAUCCGACUUGCUCUGCAGUUCGUGGCGGACCGCCGCUCUGCCCCGGGGGGCGAGAUCUUUAGCUUGCUUGGGCACUUCACUUGGGCCGCUCUCUUGAGGCGGCCACUUUUGAGCAUAUUUCAACAGGCCUACGUCUUCGCCCGUGUCGCUGGACACCGCCGCCUGCGGCUGUGGAGCCGCGUGGAGCUCGAGCUGCGGCAGGCGGCGGCCUUGCUGGUCCUCGCUUUCUCCGACUCCAAGAGGCCCAACAGCACCUUCGUCUACGCCUCGGAAGCCUCCAGGGGCCAGUCUGGCUCAGGAGGCGGCUACGGCGUGGCGGGGCAGACCUGGGCCGAUGAGCUCGCGGUGCGCACCGCCUCGUCAGCUGAGGCCUGGCGAUGCCCCGUGCUGGACGCCAUCGGGGCCCGCGAGUGCGCGCUUGGCUUUGACCCGGUCGAGGGCGCCAAGGUCGGCCGCCGCCAGGCCCGCGCUGGCUCCACCAGCUUCGAGGGGGUCGCGAGGUCCUCGAUCGGUGACUUCAACGACUGGGGCGUCCCCUUCCACGGCGAGUUUCAGCGCGACGAGGACAUCGCCGUCCUUGAGGGGCAAGCGGCUGCGAUGGCCCUCGGCCGGGAUGUUGACGCGCUCGUUCGGAGGCGCAACCGCCGCGGUACCACGGCUUCGGGUGCGGAGCCCGACGGCCCCAGCGGGCACGGCGCGGCCGGGCUCGGGGACGCGCUGCACGACGACCCCUACCCGCUCGGUGGCCUCGCGGGGCUCCUCGGCGGGCCGGGCGGUGGCGGUGCGGUCGCCGACGACUCCUCAUCUUCGAGCUCGGACAGUGGCAUCGACCAGCAGUGCGAGACCACCCCCAGCGAGGGCCGAGGCUCUCCGCCUAGCCAGGGCGAAGGCUCGCCGCUCAGCCCACCGCGGGGCCUGUCGAUCCUCGGGCUGCCAUCCAUUGACUCGACCUUCUCCCAGUACCUCGAUUUCCUGUUUUGGGAGGGCCACAAUCACCACAAGGGGGACAAGGCCUUCGCGGCGCUGAAGCACUUCAACCUGGGCCUGGGCUUGACUGCGGCGGCUGCGCUGGAGAGGGCCGCCGCCGGGCUGCGGGGCUUCCGCAAGCUGGCGCGGGGAUCGACGCGGGCCCCCAUGGCGAGGGAGCUGCUGUUCGCGGCCGUGGGCGUCGCUCUGCGCCGAGGCUGGCGGAACUUCGCCAUCACCCUAGCGCUCAGCUGGGACACGAUGGUUCGGCUUCCCAGCGAGAUCGUGCAGAUGACGCCCGCGACGCUGGUGGCGCCCGCGCCACGCUCUGGCCGAGCCGUGUGGAGCCUGCUUCUCUUCCCAGAGGAGUUCAACCAGGUCAGCAAGACCUUGGGCUGCGACGAGGGCGUCGCGCUGUCAGACUCGAUGUCCGUGGCCCUCGGCGCGGACCUGGCCAGGCUGAAGCGAGGCCGCUCGGACGGCCAGCCGCUCUGGGACUUCGACGCGAGGGUCUUCAACGCCAGGUUCAGGAAGGUUUUCGACCAGCUGGGCCACCAGGACUGCCACCCGUACCAGGUGCGCCACGGCGGAGCCUCGUAUCGAGCCGCAGUCCUGGGCGAGAAGCUCGCGGACAUCCAGGCCAUGCUGAGGCAUCAGUCGGAAAACUCGACGAAGCGGUACGCCAGGCACGCCAGGUACUUCGCGGAGGUCGGGAAGCUCAGUCCCGAGGUGGCGCAGCUCGGGCGGGACAUCGACGCCCGCCUGGGCGACCUGCUGCGGGGCCGGGCGCCGCUGCCGCCGCUGCCGCGGGCUCGCGCGCCGCGCUCCGCGCAGGGCGCAGCUGGCGCGGCGGCGACACAGGCGGUGCGGCCGAGGCACCAGGUGUACCUGGACCUGUUCAGCGGCACUGGCAAGGUUGCGAGUUGGCUCGAACGGAAGUCCGACUACGCUGUCCUGCGGAUCGACGUGGCGGCCCACCCCGCGUUCGACUUGUCACUGCGCGUGUGCGGGGCCAUCGUGAUCGGCUGGCUGAGAUCCCGCGUGGUGCGAGGAGUGAUGUGCGCUCCUCCGUUCUCGACUUGGUCUCAGGCCUCUCGCCAUUUCUAUCGCUCACCUGGUGCUCUGAACGGCCACCCUGGCCUGCAGGGCGACGCCGCCGCCAGGCUCCGCGUGGGCAACGUCACAUUCCAUUUCGCCAUGCGAGUCGGCUUCGAAUGCGAGCACCUCGCC